AUGAAUAAGCUACAUUUCUUCAUCCUUGCUCUUGGUGUUUUUGAAAAUACAAAUGGAGUUUCAAUCGAAAAAGAUUCCAUAGAAAAUGCGAUAAAAAUUGAAGAUGCGCCCUUUGUAGCUGUAGUAUUGGAAAAGAACAGUAAAAAGACUUGGUACCUGGCGAGUAUACUUUCGGAAUACUGGCUUCUUUCUAUAAAUGGUUACCUCACGACACCAGGUAGUAAUGUUACAGUUUGGACAGGUGUAGAUGUUUUACAUUCCAAUGGCCAGGAACAUGUAGUAGAUUAUAUUAUAUCCCAAGAAUUGACUGCAAAAACGGACACAAAUUAUACGCAAGUUGCACUUAUUAAAUUGAAAAAACCAAUUGUUUUCGGAGAUAAACAAAAACCAAUUUCAUUGGCUGAGCCUCAUAAGAAACUAAAACCUGGGAACAAAGUUAAAGUUUUUCAUUACACGAACAUCUAUUUUUCCGACCGUUCCACUGAUGAAAAGAAACCUUUAAAACUUUCAUCACUGGAAAUAGUGAGCAGUGAAAAGUGUAAUUCGAGACUGGAAUCAUAUUACAAAAACAACACAGACUAUAGUGAUGAUGAUAAAAUUACUAUUACGGAAAAUAACAAAAUGUUUUGUACCGAAGCAGUGAGGCGUCCCUGCCUUCCUGAUUUUGGAAGUCCUGCAGUUUUUAAUGGAAAAUUGGUCGGAUUUUCUUGGUUUGGAUUAAUUCCUUGUGGAGGAUAUCCAAUUUUAUUUAAUAAUAUAAAUUUUUAUUAUAAUUGGGUUAUGGAACAAGUACCAGAACUUAAAAAACGAAGCAUCUAGAGAUAGAGGGAAUUAGAUAAAAAUACAUUAAGACUGUUAAAAAAUUGUAUCUUUAUUUAGAAAUAAAUAUUUACAUAUAUA